GCAAGCAGGGAGAGCCGCGGUCGUCGUUGCCGUCGUCAGCGGCGCUGGCUGUGCUUCCUCCUCGUUUCCUCUUUUCUUCCUUCACACAACCGGCGCCUGCCGGCCACAGCGACCCCUUCCUCUCAGCCCUGUCAGCCCCUCGACGCGCCAUGGAGGAGGAGCGGGCGGGAGAGCAGAUGAGACCGCUACUCACAACGGGUCAUGAUGAAGAAGCUGUUGUGGAUAUGGGCAAAAUCAGCUCAACCAUCAACACAAAUUUUGAAAAAGAGGAACUAGAAAGCCACAGAGCUGUGUAUAUUGGUGUACAUGUUCCCUUUGGAAAGCAAGGCCGACGGCGUCACAGGCACCGUGGACAUAAACAUCAUAGACGAAGAAAAGAAAAGGAAACUGAUAGAGAAGAUGGGCGAGAAUCUCCAUCCUAUGACACACCAUCCCAGAGGGUACAUUUUAUCUUGGGUACUGAGGACGACGAUGAAGAACACAUUCCCCAUGAUCUAUUCACAGAAAUGGAUGAACUUUGUUUUAGAGAAGGGGAGGAAUAUGAAUGGAAAGAAACUGCCAGAUGGCUGAAAUUUGAAGAAGAUGUCGAAGAUGGUGGUGAUAGAUGGAGCAAACCCUACGUGGCUACUCUCUCUCUCCACAGUCUCUUUGAACUGAGGAGCUGUAUUCUAAAUGGGACAGUCAUGCUGGACAUGAGAGCCAGUACACUCGAUGAAAUAGCAGAUAUGGUGUUGGAUAACAUGAUAGCUUCUGGUCAACUGGAUGAAUCUACAAGAGAAAGUGUCAGAGAAGCACUUCUGAAGAGGCACCAUCAUCAAAAUGAAAAAAAAUUCAGUAAUCGGAUCCCGCUUGUACGGUCAUUUGCAGAUAUAGGCAAGAAACAUUCUGACCCUCUCUUGCUUGAAAGAAAUGGGGAAGGCCUUUCAGCCUCCCGACACUCUUUACGAGCAGGUCUCUCUGCCUCAAAUAUUUCCCUGAGAGGAGAGAAUCGCUUGUCCCUUCUUCUCAAUUACCUUCUUCCUGGAACUCCAGCAACUUCAAGGAGCACAACUCCUUUACCUACCCCACAAUGCACUCCACCCUCCAGUCCUAGGUGUGGCCACAAGGGAACCACAAAUGUACAGCCAAGUGAGCUUCAGUGUGCUGAACUCCUAGUGUCUCCUGCUAAUGAUGAUAUCCCCAAAGUAGUAAUUCAUCCACCUGAGGAGGAUUUAGAAGCUCAGGAAAGCAAGGAGAAGACGUCCGAGGAUAAUAGUGACGUUACACCAGGUCUCUUAGCAUCACCCCAGUCAGCACCUGGUAAUUUGGAUACUGGAAAAAGUGGAGAUAUUAAAACCAGUGGAACAGGAGGAAGCAGAGAAAACAGCACUGUUGAUUUCAGCAAGGUAGACAUGAAUUUCAUGAGGAAGAUUCCCAUGGGUGCAGAGGCAUCAAAUGUGUUGGUGGGAGAAGUGGAUUUUUUGGAGAGACCUAUUAUUGCUUUUGUGAGACUGUCGCCUGCUGUGCUUCUCUCAGGCCUUACAGAGGUUCCUGUUCCUACUCGAUUCCUUUUUCUUUUGUUGGGUCCAGCAGGCAAAGCACCUCAAUAUCAUGAAAUUGGUCGAUCAAUAGCAACGCUUAUGACUGAUGAUGUUUUCCAUGAUGUUGCUUAUAAAGCUAAAGACCGAAAUGAUCUGCUGUCUGGAAUUGAUGAGUUUUUAGAUCAAGUGACUGUUUUACCUCCAGGAGAGUGGGAUCCAUCUAUACGAAUUGAACCACCUAAAAGUGUUCCUUCUCAGGAAAAAAGGAAGAUACCUAAAUUUCCAAAUGGAGCUGCUAUUCCUGGAGAGCCUCUCAAAGAAGAAGGCCAUCAUGCUGGACCUGAAUUACAAAGGACUGGAAGGCUUUUUGGUGGUUUGAUACUUGACAUCAAAAGGAAAGCACCUUUUUUCUUGAGUGACUUCAAGGAUGCAUUAAGUCUGCAGUGCCUGGCCUCGAUUCUUUUCCUAUACUGUGCCUGUAUGUCUCCUGUAAUCACUUUUGGAGGGCUCCUUGGAGAAGCUACAGAAGGCAGAAUAAGUGCAAUAGAGUCUUUGUUUGGAGCAUCAUUAACUGGGAUUGCCUAUUCGCUGUUUGCUGGGCAACCUUUGACAAUAUUGGGGAGCACUGGACCUGUUUUAGUAUUUGAAAAAAUAUUAUUUAAAUUCUGCAAGGAUUAUAAACUUUCUUACCUGUCUCUAAGAACCAGCAUUGGUCUGUGGACAUCAUUUUUAUGCAUACUAUUAGUAGCAACUGAUGCAAGCAGCCUAGUGUGUUAUAUCACUCGAUUUACCGAGGAAGCUUUUGCUGCACUCAUUUGCAUAAUAUUUAUAUAUGAAGCACUGGAAAAGCUUUUUCAGUUGGGAGAAAUGUAUGCUUUCAAUAUGCGCAAUAACCUGGAUAGGCUGACACUAUAUUCAUGUGUAUGCACAGAGCCACCAAAUCCCAGCAAUGAUACACUGGAGGUAUGGACUAAGAAAAACAGAUCUGCGGAUACUAUACCAUGGGCUAACCUUACAGUUAGUGAAUGCAAUAGCUUCCAUGGUGUGUUUCAUGGAUCAGCUUGUAGUCACCAUGGCCCCUAUUUCCCAGAUGUUCUUUUUUGGUCUGUCAUUUUGUUUUUUACAACAUUUUUCCUCUCCUCUUUCCUCAAGCAAUUCAAGACCAAGCGCUAUUUUCCCACUAAGGUGCGUUCUACAAUAAGCGACUUUGCUGUAUUUUUGACUAUAGUGAUCAUGGUUCUCGUUGAUUACCUUGUGGGAGUUCCUUCUCCUAAACUUCACGUCCCUGAAAAAUUUGAACCCACACGAAGUGACCGGGGAUGGCUCAUAGAUCCCCUAGGGCCUAAUCCUUGGUGGACACUUAUGGUAGCAGCAGUUCCUGCUUCACUCUGCACCAUCCUUAUUUUUAUGGACCAGCAAAUUACAGCAGUUAUCAUAAACAGAAAGGAACAUAAGCUGAAGAAGGGCUGUGGCUAUCAUCUUGAUCUGCUCAUGGUUGGUGUUAUGCUAGGAGUAUGCUCUGUAAUGGGCUUGCCUUGGUUUGUGGCUGCUACUGUUCUUUCUAUAAGUCACGUCAACAGUUUAAAAGUAGAAUCCGAGUGCUCUGCUCCAGGAGAGCAGCCGAAGUUCCUUGGAAUCCGUGAACAGAGAGUGACAGGAUUAAUGAUCUUUGUUUUAAUGGGGAUGUCAGUGUUCAUGACUUCUAUAUUAAAGUUUAUUCCAAUGCCAGUUUUGUAUGGUGUUUUUCUUUACAUGGGAGCAUCCUCACUAAAAGGCAUCCAGUUUUUUGACCGUAUCAAAUUGUUUGGAAUGCCUGCCAAGCAUCAGCCAGAUUUGAUCUAUCUGCGUUACGUGCCUCUCUGGAAGGUCCAUAUAUUUACAGUAGUUCAGCUUACUUGUCUUGUUCUUCUGUGGGCAAUUAAAGCUUCUGCAGCUGCGGUUGUUUUUCCUAUGAUGGUAUUAGCGCUGGUUUUCAUUCGCAAACUUAUGGAUUUGUGUUUUACCAAACGGGAGCUCAGUUGGCUUGACGAUCUUAUGCCAGAAAGUAAAAAAAAGAAGGAAGAUGACAAAAAGAAAAAAGCAAAGGAAGAAGCUGAACGAAUGUUUCAGACAGUGGACAGUGAAACUGUACACCUUCCAUAUGAAAGAGGCGAUAUGUUAGAGAUUCCCGUGAAAGCUCUAAAAUACAGUGUUGAUCCUUCUGUUGUAAACAUAUCAGAUGAAAUGGCCAAAACUGCACAGUGGAAGGCUCUUUCCAUGAACACAGAGAAUUCCAAAGUAACAAGAUCUAACUUGAGCUGUGAAAAAGAAGAAUGUGUGGAAAUAGACGUGGAAAAUGCAUCUGAAACAAAGUAUGUAGAUGCUGAAACCUCAGUAUAGAAGUGAACUUGAGGGUAUAUAUGUAUCAUUUUAUAGGAUAUAAUGUUAAAAAGUGAUUUCCAUACUUCUUUAAUGUACUGAAGUCUGUGCUCUUAAUAUUAUAUGUACAGUAACAAGGUUUUUAUCAGACAAGAAAGAAGUUGUGAUCACUUUGGAAAUAUUUAUUUUUAGUGAAAAGUUUAUUUUAAUUUUUUUAAAUAGGAAAAUCAAACUUACUUUUUAGUUACCAAUGUGUGCAUAAGUGUCAGAUCACGUUUCACUGUAAAUUAUUGUCUUUACGUACAUAGCUGUUUUUUUAAAAUAAUUUAUUGUAAUACUGAUGUCCUGUUUUUCAGGCAAUUACUGUUUGGGUUUUUGCAAAGUUUUCUGUAUGUCAGUCUCCCCUUGAACAAAUUUCCACUGUGCCAUUUUAUGACUUAACUGUAUUUUCAAACCGUUCCCACUUCAUGUUGCUAUUUCAUGGGUUUCUAAAUUCAUAAUUAUGGGAAUAAUGUCUUCAGGUGUAAAUUAGUAUAUCAUUUAAAUGCUAUUUGAUGCCUUUAAAAAAACACCAAUCUCAUUCUGAAUAGUAGAUCAGUUCUAAUCCCUACUUUGUCAUAUUCCAUGUCCUAGAAAACCACAGUAGUCCUUACUGAGGCCUGUUAUAAGGCUUCCCUCUAUAUGCCAUGUUUUUUACAUGGAUAGCUGUACUGUCUCCACUGAAAUGGACAAGCCAGCUUCCCAACACAAGGCUGUGGACAGGGACUCAGACUUAGGGCUCUGUGUAAAGAUGCAAGUUUAAAUUGUAAUCAUAAACAGAACUGAGUUGGCAUAAUAAGCAUCUUUAUGUAGAUUCUGGUUAUCUAAUAAGUUCCUUUCUUCUGCACAUACAUAAAUGCUAUUGACGAUUGAAGAUAAGUGCAAAGAGGUGAGUAAAAUCUUUAGACUAGUCUCUCAUUCCUGAACCCUUCGUUAAAAAAAAUCAACUUGGGGUGUACUAUUUGUUAGAUUGGCAAGUAAGAUCAUGAGCUUUGUACUUGCAGUUCAGAUUUUUUGCUCUGUAAAGGGGAUAUUUAAUAGCAUAUUAAUAAGGUACAUGCCAAAUAGCUUGAAUAUUUAAUUCCAUUAAAAAAGCAAGCAGUGGUAGGGUAUUCAAAACGUUUCAUCUUUCUUGACAGAUCAUAGUUUACAAAAUGUAACUAGCUCAGUGUAACUCCCAAUGAAGUCAACAGCUCAAGUCAAUGCACAGUACACUUAAAUGGAAGUAAAGUUAUAUUAAAGUUAAUGGAACUUAACUUCCAAAUGAGUGAAUUUUCCAUUCAAAGCUAGAAUGCAUGCAAAGCUUCUGCUGCUUCUCUGGUUAUGUUGAUGAUGGAUGUCAAAGCUUUACUUGUUCAGGAUCUCCGUGAGCCCAUCAGAGAUUCCAUUCAUACUAAACAAACUUUGGGCUGCAGUUACUGUGUACAACAUUUAUUUGCCUUGGUAUAUGCAUUGACAGAAUGUAAAAAAAAAAUGAAGAUAUACAUCAACAUCUUUUAUCAGUUUUCUUGCUUUUUGUGAAAAUGAACAUAGCCUUUCUGAGCAAAACGCAACGAGAAAAACACCCAAUAACUUCAGAAUAUAAAUAUCACUACUUACAUCAACCAUAUUUUCAGACUUUUCAUUUCCUUGUGAAUAUCCUGCAAAUAACUAUGCUUAACUAAUUUGCAAAGUUGUCAUUAGUAGAACCUAGAUUUUAAAGUCAAUCAACAAUUUAGAUAUUGAUGACAACAGUUAUUACUAUUCCCUUCGUUGUAAAAAAUGCUGCUAAAGAUAUUCUGAACUCAAAGUUUGUGUUACUAAAACAUAACACAGGGGAGUACAGACAGUGUCAUUAAUUGAAGUAAAGGCUGAAGCUUAAGCGCCAUCAAAUUAGCUUUGCGCUUUUGUUUUAGCUUUGAUACUAAAAUUGGGAACAGUAUAGUUAUUUUUACUGGAUGCUUGUAUGCCUUGUGCCUUAGCUAGUCUUCUUCAAUUAAUAUGCACUUUUUAAACAAUGUGAAAAUCAUGACAGUCUGUCAUUUACCUUAUCUCACAUAUGUUCAAUGUCUUUAACAAUUAUGUUUAGAAUCAUUUAUUCUAUUUUGGUACAGUCAAAGGAGAAUCAUGUCUGUAAGCAUAUGUAGCUUUCACAGUUAUUAAGCCAUGUUACUGUGUAGGUGUCUUCAAAGUCUUCCAUUACUGUAAACUUCCACUUUCAGAGAAACAUGGUAACAAUUCGCAAAGACCCAAACAGGUUGUCUUGAAUUUUAACCCUUUGCUUCCAAAGCAUAGAAUUCUGUAUUACAGAAUAGCUUGUAUCAACUUUUCACAGGCAAAGGGUUAAUUAGUUUCAUCAUUUAAAUGAAGAUCUGAAAAUUACUUAGAAUCAUAAUAUUUAUUUUUCUUUUUGUUAAAAAAAUGCUGACCAGUGCCAGGAAUCCCAUGACUUGCAAUGUGGUUUACAUUGAUUGUUCCAAUGUUGGUCAUUAAAUGUAUUCUUACAUGUUUUAACCUUUUGGUAUCUGACAUGUCCUGAUGACAUGCUGAAAACACCAAUGGUAACUUCUAUCUAAAUCUACUACUUAUUUUACUUCAUACAAAUGUUAUUUCCUUCUUGGUAAUAAAGAGAAUAGUAUUAACAAAAGACAGUGAAGGAUAUAGCUAUUACUGUACGUAGAUAUAAAUGUUGCCUUAAUAGGUGUAAAUGAGCAGGGGUUAUUUACUGUGCACUGAUUCACCUAAAUUAAACCUAAUUUAAAGCCAGUAUAUUUUCAUUAAACCAGUAGCAUAAAUAGCUGAGCACCUUUUUAAGAUACCUUAGUCACCUCCUGGGGUGCAAACUUGGAUUCUUGUGUACACAAAAGCAGAGCUACCCUUAGGAAAUUGCUUUCUAAAAAUCUCUAAAAUGUGUUUUUUUUAAGUGAGUGUUUUACAAAGAGUGUCUGACUUUUGAAUUUGAUUUAAAAGCCUUCUGUAAAAAUCAAUAUCCCAUUUGGACUCAGUGCUCUAUAUCAUAUUGAAUUGGAUCAAAAAGUUCUGUUCCAUGGAUGGUGAAACUCUUUUCUGAUGGAAGAGACACAUUCUACCAGUGGAAGGCUCUUGGCACUAAAGGAAGGCACCACCUAUAGAGAAACAGAACCUCUUGAUCUAACCAAGUAUGUUUGAUUUUUAUAGAAACAAUGAAAAUUGUGUUCUAGAUAUGAACAAGUAUCUCAUUAUCCUUUAAUUUGCAGUUAUUAUAUAUUGCAAAUUGAGUUUUAGAUAAGUUAUUCCAGGUGAUCAAGGUAACAUAAAAUGUGCAAACUUUGCUCAGCAUCUGCAUUGCUUUUAACAUUCAACAGAACAUUUUCUUUUUUAAAGUCUCAUUUCAAAUGUGUUUAUCUCUAUGUACAGUAGUCUUGAUAAAUGUAUUCUUUGUAAAGGUAGGUUCUAAAUGUAAACUAUGGACAGGUGUGUGCAUUAUAAAAAUGCACUGGUCUGCAUUGUGUGAAAGGGUUAUGUAUUAUACAUAUAUUUUGUAAAUGAAUUGUGUUAAAGUCACCUGUUCAGAAUUUCUAGAUUAGCCAAACAUACUGAAUGUAUUUUGCUUUUUGUUAGGUUUGGUCAGUAAUUUAAUGUUUUUUAAAAAAUGUUUGCUGUAGGUGCCAUCCUUUACCUAAUACAGUACAGAUGUUGUGAGCAACCAUUUAUUUUAGUGAAUGUACAGGCACAUAGUUGUGUGUCAAUAUAUACUUGUAUUCUGAAUGCAAUGUCUUGUGAUUUUACUAUUUGGCAUUUUUUUUAUUUUGUACCUUUUAAGUAAAUUUGUCAAUUAUAGGAAACAGACUUGGUGUGAAAAUAAAGGUUUUCAUAUUUAGAACAUAUUGUCACUAUUUGGCAGUCUUGAAAUAAUGUAUUUAAUACCCUGUUUUUUUGUAAUGCAGUUUAUUAGUCAGGAGACACAUCCUUUGUAAUAUUUUCCCCCUUUUGUUACUGAUGCUUUGUUUUGUAAAUGCGUCUUCCAGUGUUCAGAGCAUUAAGCUGAACAAAAACAUUUACUUGGACUUGGGGUGUAAGUACACAUUUUAUUCCAGUUUUUAUGACAGUUUUCUAAUCGCAUAUGAUAUUUCCUUUUAUAGUAAAAUCCAAAGCAAUUUAACACUGAUCCAAAUGUAAAAACAAUAUUUUAUUAAUUUAUAUAAUGCCUACAAUUUUUCUCCGAUAUGUAAUGUGAAAAAUCCAGCCUUUACAAUUUGUUUAAUGACUGUUGCAAAAACUAUUUUUUGUAAUGUUUCACAAAGUUGACAAAAAAGCAAUAAAAUGCCACUGACUUUAA